AUGUCCGACGAUGCAACCGUCCUCGAAGCGCCCGUGACCCCAGCACCAGUGUUCGCGUACCGUGCAUUGAGAAGCAUCUUCUUCACUUCGCCCGAUUCCUCCCCCGAACAUGACAACAAAGAAAACAUCGGCCCGCCAUACGCCCAGUCACCGAUGAAGCCAAUACUCGCACUCGAUGAACAGCUGCAGCUGCAGCUGACGCCGUCGCACAAGCGCAGAUGGGACGGCGCAGGCGCCGCCAUCUCACCCACCAAGGGCAUUCUGCGCACCCCAGGUCUGGCGACUCCGCGGACCAAGCUCCUCAAAGACCUCAAUGUCAAGUUCAAGAGCGUAAGCCCAGAAUUGGUGGACACGAAGAAGAAGUCUGCCGGUGUGGGUGCGAUCCCGGCCGAUGGCUGUGGCCGCGAGGCUAGACACGGUGUGAAGUCGUCAAAAUCGAUGAACGACAUUGCUGUUCCUGUGACCAAAAAGACAACACAGCCGUCUCAACAGACCAAAAAUACAACACAGCCGUCUCAACAGAAGCAGCAUACAGCGAAGUCGAUGCCCACGGUCUCUGCAAGCACGAUCACGACCGAAGUCCUAUCUCUGCAGGUGAUCGAAGCGUAUAUGCAACAGACGGAGAAGGAGAUGAAGAAACUCGUGCGGUAUGGUCAGAAGAUGCGAGAGUACGCGCGCAAAAAGGACGCUGAGAACCAGGAGCUGAAGAGCAUGAUCCAGCAGCUCAAGAAAGAAAACGAGAGCUUGAGAAGUAGUGUUGCUACCGAUCGCGACCGAGAGGGUGCCUCUUCAGCAGGUGCAGAUGCGGGUCGAGGAUAUGUACGAGAAGAGGUCGACCGGGUUGAAGCGACAGUUAGAAGCCUCCACACUGGGAGAUCCACGUCCAAGCCACGACCUCUGUCGGGGGACAGCAAGGCCGGAGGUCGAAAAGCAUCUAUUGCGGCUAUGGACCUUUUUGAGUCUGACAUCGACUCUCGUGCUGCUUCGAAGAUACAUCAAUCCUCUACGACCUCAAGGCGGCAAUCUGUGGCACAUGCGCCCGCCGCAAAACCAAGCUAUCGGAGUGUAUCCUUGUCGACGCAAACGUCCCGGUACCACACGUCGCGCGAUCACAACGGGAGUUUUCCCCGUGUGAGGCCAGAUACCUCGUCCGCAGCCACGGGUACAGCUUCCGCGAGUGUCACAGCAAUUGGAACUAACGCCGUCGCCGAGGCCGAGAGUGCCCCUGAGACUACUAGUGCAAACGAACACGUCCCUCCAAGCACGGACACCAUCACAGGGGCAGGGGCCGGGGCAGGGACAGGAACUGCUCGCCUACCUCCGGACCGUCUACUGGCAGCUCGAGAGCGUCUACGUCGGCGCAUGGAAGCGAGGAAAGCCAGUACCGGUAGCGGUGUCGACGAUGGCACUGAACGAAUCGACGCAGGCGACGGCUUCAGAGAAGAGGAUCAGAACCAGAAUCAGAAUCAGACUCACAAGGCGAACGAGACCGAAAUACAGAGUGGCGAGCACAGCCAAUUCGAUUGGCUGAACAUCUAA